AUGGCCUCGGUCCACCAUAUACAUGUCGGCCACAAUACGCCGGCCGAUGCAAACCUUGCAUUCCCGCUCGCAUUCCACGAACACAUCUAUGAAAGUUGGACUCCGCGACUGACGAACGGAGGGAGCCGCUGUGAUGGGACCGUGGAGAUUUAUCACAACAAACGUUGGGGGAGAGUACAGGACAUUCAGUGGGACCUUCAUGACGCCAACGUGGUCUGCAACGAACUAGACUGUGGUGAAGCGCUGUCUGCUUCUAAUUCUUCACAAUACGGAGAGAGUCACUUGCCUCUCUUUGUCAGUGGAGUUCACUGUAACGGAAACGUGUCGCAGCUCCGGAAGUGCAACUUGACGACAUCUCCCUCAUUUGCCAAUGAUAGCGGCGGGGUUGGGGUUCUGUGUUCAGGUCACAAAAAGUUACGACUGGCCGACGGAGGGAGUCCGUGUGCGGGACGAGUGGAGGUGUAUUACGCUGGAGUUUGGGGCUCAGUCUGUGACGAUUCAUGGGAUCAGGCUGACGCAGAUGUGGUUUGUAGACAACUAGGUUGCGGGAAUGCCCUGAAGACCAAACGUUCUAGUGAUUGCGGACAAGGCUCUGGGGCGAUUUGGUUGGAUGAAGUGACGUGUACGGGUGACGAGUCUUUUCUCUGGGACUGUCCCUCAGCACCUUGGGGUGAACAUGACUGCGCUCACAAAGAGGACGUGAUGGUCAUGUGUUCGGAGCACAAAGAUAUUCGACUGGUGAACGGAGGCCAUGACUGUGCGGGUCGAGUGGAAGUGUUCUAUAAUGGUUCCUGGGGAACUGUGUGCUCGGUACACGUGACCUCAAUGGAUGCCGUAUUGAUGUGUAAACAGUUACAAUGCGGACCCCUGCAGCGUAUUCGAUUCGGCACUCAGCAAUUCGGAUCGGGAUCGGGUUCCAUUUGGUUCAAUGGAAUGGCGUGUGGGUCGCACGAGUCGUCGCUUUGGGAGUGCCCGGCCAACCCGAGUGAUGUUCACGACUGCAGACAUUCGAUGGACACUGGAGUUAUUUGUUCAGACACCAACGUGCCAGAGAGACCAAAGGACUGUUUCACAGAAUCCCCAACUGCGCAUGCCCGUUCACCAGAACCCGGUCAGGAGUUGCGCCUGGUUGGAGCUGAGAGCAGCUGCGCGGGGAGGGUGGAAAUAUUCACCAAUAACAGCUGGGCCACGGUGUGCGAUGACUCUUGGGACAAGGCGGACGCUCAUGUUGUCUGCAGGCAGAUGCGCUGCGGCCCCGCUCUGUCGGCCCCGGUCGGGGGCGCCUUUGGUCAGGGUGACGGGGUGAUCUGGCUGGAUGAGGUGAAAUGCACGGGCAGUGAAUCCUUUCUCUCCGACUGCCUUUCCUCGCCGCCGGGUCAGAACGACUGCACUCACAAGGAAGAUGCCGGUGUGGUUUGUUCCGAUCCGGAGUUGUCUCCUCGUGACUAUUCUUCAUCGCGUUCUGGACGAAAGAUCUUCACCAUUCCCGUGAUGGCCUGUGUUGUGUUGGGGGUUCUGUUCGUCUCUGGGUUCAUCGCCUUGUAUCUGGUAACGCGGAGGAAGCAAGCAAGAAGAGGCGUUGCCAUUGGCUCAUGGGACUCCCGCGCUGAUAUGUACCAAGCUGUAUAUGAAGAGAUUGAGGAUAUUCCACAUGGAGAAUACAUUGUCCCAACCGAUGGUUCAGAUUCAUUUCAUGACAGCGAUGAUGAUGUAAACAGUGUGGGCAGUGACGAGCGUGGAGAUAACGUGUCAACGUUGUGUGAAAGUGGCCACAGGGAUCGCUCCAUCUAGGUGAGCUGAAGCAAUGCCAUUUCCUUCCUCACAUUCUUUCAGGCAAUGAGAACCAGGCUCUUCAUUCAAUGGGCGACAACGUGACGAAGCGGUGAGCUGAAUUAAUGUCAGAGACCAGGGUUCGAUCCUGACCUUGGAUGCUGUCUGUAUGGAGUUUGCACAUUCUCCCUGUGACCGCGUGGGCUCCGUGCAGGUUCUCGGGUUUCCACCCACAUACCAAAGGCACGUGGAUUUGUAGAAUAUUUGACCUAUGUGUAUUUGCCCCUAAUGUGUGGGUGUGAAUGAACAAGUCCAGAACUAGGGGUCACAGUUUAAGGUUAAGAAGGAAGUAUUUUAGGACCGAGAUGAGAAAAUCAUUUUUUACACAGAGAGUGGUGAAUCUGUGGAAUUCUCUGCCACAGAAGGUAGUUGAGGCCAGUUCAUUGGCUAUAUUCAAGAGGGAGUUAGAUGUGGCCCUUGUGGCAAAAGGGAUCAGGGGGUAUGGAGAGAAGGCAGGUACGGGACACUGAGUUGGAUGAUCAGCCAUGAACAUAUUGAAUGGCGGUGCAGGCUCGAAGGGCCGAAUGGCCUAAUCCUGCACCUAUUUUCUAUGUUUCUAAGUGGUAUACUA